CAGAAACGAAGAUUGUGUGAGUGAUAGUCCGAGAAGGAGAGAGCUAAGAAACGGUGGUGACUGAGCGACGAGAUGCAGCAACGAUGAACACCAACGCCAACGCAAUGAACCACUGUUUCGCCGCUGCGGCUCAGGAUCUCGAUCCACAACACUCUCCGCCGCCGCCGGCCACCAGCACCUCCACCCAACCGUACCACCAGCAACCCCAGCCGCAGCGCCGCCUCCGCGGCUUCGCCGCCACAAACUCCAACAGCAACGCCGCAGCAACCACCACUCCGAUAAAGAGCAGGAAGGAGAGAGACAAGGAGAAGGAGCGGACGAAGCUCCGAGAGCGCCACCGCAGAGCAAUCACCAGCCGAAUGCUCGCCGGUCUCCGCCAGUACGGGAAUUUCCCCCUCCCUGCGCGCGCCGACAUGAACGACGUCAUCGCCGCACUCGCUCGGGAGGCUGGCUGGACGGUUGAGCCCGACGGCACCACUUACAGGCAGACGCCGCCGCCGCCCCCUCCAAUGCAGCCGCAAUCGCAAUCGCAGCCGCCUCCUGCUUCUCAUUUCAAUUCUGUUCAACAAAAUAAUAGUAAUGCCUCUAACGUGCAGGGUGUAAAUCCAGUUCGGUCAGUUGAAAGCCCAUUAUAUUCUGGUGCUUUGAGAAAUUGCUCUGUGAGGCCAUCAGUUGAUUGUCAGCCUUCAACUCUCAGAGUUGAUGAGAAUUUGUCACCAGCAUCCCUUGAUUCUGUUGUUGCAGAAAGGGAUGCAAAGCUUGACAAAUAUUCAAGUGCCAGCGCCAGAGACUCCCCUGAAUGUUUGAAGACAGGCCAGCUUGUGCAAGAUGUUCACUGCAGGGAGCAUGGAAACGGUCUUGCUGAGACCUCUUACAUCCCUGUUUAUGUGAAGCUUGCAACUGGCUUAAUCAGCAAUUUCUGCCAGUUGAUGGAUCCUGAAGGUGUUAAAGUGGAAUUACAACAUCUGAGGUCUUUGAAUGUUGAUGGUGUUAUCGUAGAUUGUUGGUGGGGAAUCAUUGAAGCUUGGGCACCAAAGAAGUAUGAAUGGGCAGGAUACAGGGAAAUGUUUAACAUUAUUCGAGAGUUUGGGAUGAAAUUGCAGGUGGUAAUGGCAUUUCAUGAACACGGAGGACCUGAUACGGGUGGAAUAUUUAUCUCCCUCCCUCAGUGGGUAUUGGAAAUUGGGAAAAACAAUCAGGAUAUAUUCUUCACAGAUCGUGAAGGAAGAAGAAAUACUGAGUGCCUUUCUUGGGGCAUUGACAAGGAACGGGUACUUAAAGGAAGAACUGGCAUCGAGAUCUAUUUUGAUUUCAUGAGAAGCUUCCGAACUGAGUUUGAUGACUUAUUCACUGAGGGCCUCAUUUCUGCUGUUGAAGUUGGGUUAGGAGCUUCUGGAGAGCUGAAGUACCCUUCAUUUUCAGAAAGGAUGGGCUGGAGAUAUCCGGGUAUUGGUGAGUUUCAGUGUCACGAUAAAUAUUUGUUGCAAAAUCUCCAAAGAGCUGCAAAACUCCGUGGACACUCAUUCUGGGGCCGAGCCCCUGACAAUGCUGGUUAUUAUAAUUCUAAGCCACAUGAGACAGGAUUCUUCUGUGACAGUGGUGAUUACGAUAGCUACUAUGGACGCUUCUUCCGGCAUUGGUAUACUCAGGUCUUAAUAGACCAUGCUGACAAUGUUUUGUCCCUGGCAAGUCUUGCCUUUGAGGAUAUACAGAUAGUCGUCAAGAUUCCAGCAGUUUACUGGUGGUACAAGACAAGUAGCCAUGCUGCAGAGCUCACUGCUGGCUUCAACAACCCUUCUAACCAGGACGGUUAUGCUCCAUUGUUCGAAGUGCUGAAAAAGCACGACGUCACCAUGAAAUUUGUCAUCUCGGGAUUUCAGGCUCCAUAUCCAGAGAUUGAUGAAGCAUUGUCUGAUCCCAUGGCCCUGAACUGGCAGGUCCUUAACUCAGGUUGGGACAAAGGGCUUAAUGUUGCAGGCCAGAAUGGGCAGCCAUGCUACAAUAGAGAAGAAUUCACGAGGCUGGUCGAGACAGCAAAGCCAAGAGACCAUCCUGACCGCAGACACUUCUCUUUCUUUGCCUUCCAACAACCUUCGCCUUCGAUCCAAAGAACCAUAUGCUUCCCGGAGAUCGAUUACUUCAUUAAAAGCAUGCACGGAGCAGUCAGUAACUAACAAUCCUAAUUGGCGCCACGGGUGACUACUUUCACCUACUGUACUAAAAAGUUUUUCUUGUAAAGUUCAACCUUAACUAUUUUCUAUGUAGACAUAAUUUCAAGACUCUUCUAUGUUAAAAGAGCAUAUUCACCACGAUUAUAUGAACAUGUAAUGUUUCUCUC